GCAACAGAACACCUACAGCAUCCAAGUAUGUGUAGGGUCCGUAGGGAUCUAAAGUAAAUUGCCUUUUUUUUCUUCUCACACAUCGUUUGAAUGUUAACUCGGACAACUGAUGGUGCAUUACCAGCGUUUAAACAUUCUCAGAGGUAGUUUUCUUUUUUUAAUUCUCAGCCUUUGCUUUUUGAGUUAUACAUGUUUUAGAGGAUAUGCACUAUUCAUCAGCAAACCCCAGGAGUAGACAGCAGUUUAAACUGUAGGUGUGAUGUGUAGCGAGCGUUAUGAAGCUGAGUUGCUUGAGGUGCCAGUAGCUCAAAACAGUCUUAUUUUAAAAUCAUCUUUGUGAGAAAACCUUUGUUCUGUCUUUGGCAGAGUGAGUACAGGAAGAGGGGUUUCCAGCAGGUGGUGACACCCAACAUCUACAACAGUAAGCUGUGGCAGACCUCCGGCCACUGGCAGCACUACAGCGAGAACAUGUUCUCCUUCGAGGUGGAGAAGGAGACCUUCGCCCUCAAACCCAUGAACUGCCCGGGACACUGUCUGAUGUUCGAUCACCGGCCACGCUCCUGGAGAGAGCUUCCCAUUCGCAUGGCCGACUUCGGCGUGCUGCACAGGAACGAGCUGUCAGGCGCGCUGACAGGCCUCACCCGGGUCCGCCGCUUCCAGCAGGAUGAUGCUCAUAUCUUCUGCACCAUGGACCAGGUGAGGCCCGCACUCAAGCACUGACAAGUUCAAGUUCCA